GUUGCUUUUGAACUGGCUUCUGGUGUCUGUGGGGCUGUCGUCUUCUCCACUUCAUGCACGGAGUUUUGCUGGGGUGCAGUUGGUUGGGCAUACGGCGAGGCCAUUUGAUGCACAAAGCGCUUCUACCCAACUUAGAAAUCUCCAGUGAGGGGCUCAGGUGCAUUGUAAGUGGAGGAAGCAGAUAUGGGUACCACGGUCUCUUACUUGAGAGGGACGGUUGGACCGAGUGGUUACAGCUCCAACUCUACAGCUGAGGAUGUGACUGCCAAUUUGGACUUGAGCUCAAAGACGAUCAUUGUGACUGGGGCCACGUCAGGAAUAGGAAAAGAAUCUGCGAGGGUUUUGGCCAAAAGGGGUGCUCAUGUAAUACUUGCGGUCCGGAACGUGAAGGUUGGCGAGGCAGUUUGUACUGAAAUACUCAAAGAAACUCCAACAGCUCGUCUGGAUGCCAUGCAUUUGGAUCUGAAUUCGCUGAUAUCGGUUCGUGAAUUUGCAGCAAAUUUCAGAGCUCGAAAUCUUCCUCUUCAUAUUCUCCUCAAUAAUGCAGGACUACUCAACCUGAAGUUUCAGCUCUCUGAGGACGGUAUCGAGCAUACGUUUGCUACCAACCACCUUGGUCACUUUCUUCUGACCAAUCUUCUUGUUGACAUCAUGAAAGCUACUGCUAAGGAGUGUGGUGAAGAGGGCCGCAUUGUAAAUGUGUCAUCACUUGCGCAUACAAUGACCUACAGGAAUCAUAACCUAGAGGAAAUCAACAAUCCGAAAAGGUACGUGGGUUACCAAGCAUAUGGUCAGUCAAAGCUGGCUAAUAUUCUACAUGCAAAAGAGCUUGCUCAUCGUCUCCAGGAGGAGAGUGCAAAUGUUACUGCCAAUGCACUCCAUCCGGGCACCAUGGAUACUAACUUUGGUAAAAAUAAUGCAUUAUUCAAGUAUGGUGUAGGUAUUUUCUUUACUAUAGGUAGCAAAUUAUUGAAGACAAUCCCGCAGGCAGCUGCUACGUCAUUGUAUGUGGCAACAAAUCCUAACCUCAAUGGAAUCAGCGGAAAGUAUUUUUCUGAUUGCAAUGAAUAUACGCCAGAGCUGGCUGCUGCUAGCGACAUGGAACUUGCUACCAGGUAUUGGAAGUUCAGUGAGGAGCUUAUUGCAUCCAAGUCCAGUGGACAAGUGACAAGCUAAGGACACUUCUUGAGGCUUGGCAUUAUUUUCGUAAAAUUGUUCCCACAUUGGCAACGAAUAUCGCAAUGCAGUUGCUACUCUCGGGUGUUUACAAACCGUCUGUACAGCCCCUCUCUCCAUCAUCGCUCGGAUGCUGAUUAGGAGAGCCAAAUUUAGAAAAGAGGUAGUUCUUUUAGUUGCUCGAUUAUUCUUAAACUUUGUCUAAAAGAACUCAUCGGUUAGUCGAUUCUGAGAGCUGUAUGGAUGUGUAAAAGCUUUUGGACAUAAAAAGAAUAUAUCUUUUUAAUGCUUUUAAAGCUUUGCAAUGUCA